UACAGAGCACAGAGUCUUGCGGGAACUGAAAGGAAACCGAAAAAGAAACAGAGAAGGCCUCACUCCCCACUCCACUCCCCUCUCCUCUCCCCUCCCCUCCCCUCCCCGGCCCCGGUGCUUUCUUGGAUCGCGAGAAAACCACUCGAGAAACUCGCAAUCGUAGGGAACUGUAUCGGCAGGAGCACGAGGAAGUAGACGAGGGGUGGUGCAAGGUGCCGGCCGCCAUGGAUCACGGCAGGGGACGGAGACGAGCAGGGAGGCAGCAGCGGCCGUCCCGGUCUCUGGUCCUGUUCUCGCUGUAACGAGAGUCGGUGCCCUCUGAAUUCCACUUGAUCGGUCCAACUCCAGUCGCCAUGAAGCGGCCACGCGGCGGCAGCCCCUCCCUCCUUCCGACGGCCAGAGCGGAUGAUGAUGGUUACGGCGCGGCAGCUGGGAUGGAGGCGGAGGGGGACGCGGAGGAGGAGAUGGUGGCGUGCGGCGGCGGCGGGGAGAAGAAGCGGCGGCUGAGCGCGGAGCAGGUGCGCGCCCUGGAGCGGAGCUUCGAGGUGGAGAACAAGCUGGAGCCGGAGCGCAAGGCGCGGCUGGCGCGCGACCUCGGCCUGCAGCCGCGCCAGGUCGCCGUCUGGUUCCAGAACCGCCGCGCGCGCUGGAAGACCAAGCAGCUCGAGCGCGACUACGCCGCGCUGCGCCGCUCCUACGACGCGCUGCGGCACGACCACGACGCGCUCUGCCGCGACAAGGACGCCCUCCUCGCCGAGAUCAAGGAGCUCAAGGCGAAGCUCGGGGACGAGGAGGCAGCGGCGAGCUUCACGUCGGUCAAGGCGGAGCCGGCGGCCUCCGACGGGCCGCCGGCCGCGGGCGUGGGAUCGUCCGAGAGCGACUCCAGCGCGGUGCUGAACGACGCGGACGCGCCCGCGGGCGCGGCGGAGGCGCCGGUGCCGGAGGUGCAGGGCGCCCUCCUCCCCGCGCCCGCCGCGGCCGCGGGCGCCGGAGCUGCCGGCGCCGCGACGAGCCACGGCGGGGCGUUCUUCCACGGGGGCUUCCUGAAGGUGGAGGAGGACGAGACGGGGUUCCUGGACGGCGACGAGCCGUGCGGCGGGUUCUUCGCCGUGGAGCACCCGCCGCCGAUGGCGUGGUGGACCGAGCCCACGGAGCACUGCUGCUGGAACUGAGCUGAAGCUGAGGUGGUGGUGGAUGAGAGCGCAGGCUUGGGAUCUGAGCCAGCCGAGGCAAGCGGUGGGGAAUAAAGGAUUAGGAGCGAGAGACGGGGGCUAUUGUGCAAAUUUUGUAAAAUGGAAUUUUACCUAGUCCCCUUUUGUCAAUUCUUGCGCGUAUUAGCAGGGUAGCACCGUAGCAGUAGUGCCGUGGUGGUAAUAAGCAACCUAGAAUCAACCUAAGUACGGAGUGUUUGGUUAAAACUUUGGACCCGAGUGCAAAAAUGCAACCGAAAAAUGCGACCAGAAUCGACGAAGAGGGGGACAGCGACAGUGGGAAGAGAGGAGUGUAGAGGAAGAGGUGGGCGAGGAAACGGCCAACCCGGCGGUCACUGUUGGCGGGCCCGCGGCCACGUGAAAGUCAGGCAUUGCUGGCGCCACCAUUGACCGCCGGACCUGCCGGUGACGCCGAUCGGCGACGUGGACGUGCCUGGCCGUGCGCGCCCGUGAAAGCGUUGGCUCCGCUCUCCCUGUCCCUGGUCGACCUGUCUGCGCUUCUCUGUAUCUGAUUUGGAAUCUUGCCGCUCGCCGUGGAGCGAUCGGUGUCUCUGUGUUCUCUUGCUCUUGCUCAGGAGCUCCGAUCGAGAAGAUGAGGAGCAACCCGUUCUGGCCAGAUGGUGAUUAGUGUUCUUGUGCGAGACAGAGUUGUUGCUACUCUGUUUCCGCGUAUUCAGAGGAUUCCCGUUUUGUUGUGGCACUGCAA